CACUGCUCCAUUUCUGGUACUGUAUGCAUGUCAAUGCAUUGUAAUAUCUAAAUUAGGCCUCUAAAUAUAUGUUUCUCAAUUGUAUAUGUAGGAAAGGCAGUGACAAAAAACAAGAGAAAGCGCUGAGCAUUGGAUUCUUUCAGCUGUUCCGCUUUGCCACAUGGAAGGAAACCCUGAUGAUGGUGGCAGGGAGCGUGUGCUCUCUGGUCCACGGCGCCGCGGCCCCUCUCAUGCUGCUGGUGUACAGUAUGAUGACCAACACGUUUGUGGAGUAUGAGCGAGAGAUUCUGGAACUUGCCGAUCCAAGCAAAACCUGCAUCAACAACACUGUCACCUGGUUGAAUGGAUCUGUGGUAGAGCAGAUAGACAACAUCACCAUUUACUGUGGUGUGGAUAUUGAGGCUGAGAUGACCAUGUUUGCAUAUUACUAUGUUGGUAUCGGUGCUGGAGUCCUAAUUCUUAGUUACUUUCAGAUUGCUCUCUGGGUGUCUGCUGCAGCCAGACAGAUUCAACGCAUCCGAAAAAUGUACUUUAGUAAGAUCAUGCGCAUGGAGAUCGGCUGGUUUGACUGCAACUCCAUCGGGGAACUGAACACGAGGAUAUCUGAUGACAUCAACAAAAUCAACAAUGCAAUAGCAGACCAAGUGUCCAUCUUCAUUGAGAGGAUCUCGACGUUCAUCUUUGGUUUCCUGGUGGGGUUUAUUGGAGGAUGGAAACUCACUCUGGUGGUGAUAUCAGUUAGUCCUCUCAUAGGACUGGCAGCAGGACUCAUGGCGAUGGCUGUGGCGAGGAUGACGGGUCGCGAGUUGAAGGCAUAUGCUAAAGCUGGAGCCGUGGCGGAUGAAGUUCUCUCCUCCAUCAGAACAGUAGCCGCCUUUGGAGGAGAACACAAAGAGGCUGAAAGGUAUGACAAGAACCUUGAGGAGGCACAGGUGUGGGGUAUUAAGAAGGGAGCGAUCAUUGGUGUGUUUCAGGGUUACCUCUGGUGCAUUAUAUUUCUGUGUUAUGCGCUGGCUUUCUGGUACGGCUCAAAACUGGUCAUUCAGACCAAGGAACUCUCACCUGGUGGCCUCGUUCAGGUAUUCUUUGGUGUUCUAAUGGGUGCUAUGAAUCUGGGUCAGGCCUCUCCUUGUCUUGAAGCUUUUGCUUCUGGUCGGGCUGCAGCCAAGAGUAUAUUUGACACUAUUGACAGGGAACCUGAAAUCGAUUGCUUCUCAGAGGAGGGUCAUACGUUAGACAAAGUUAAAGGUGACAUUGAAUUCCACAGCGUUAACUUCAACUAUCCAUCCCGACCUGAAGUGAAAAUAUUAGAUGAUUUGAAUGUUGUGGUUAAAGCUGGGGAGACAACUGCGUUUGUUGGGCCUAGUGGAUCCGGGAAGAGCACAACAAUCCAACUCAUCCAGAGAUUCUACAACCCAAAAGAAGGAAUGGUCACCCUGGAUGGUCAUGACAUCAGAGGACUGAACAUACAGUGGUUGCGUUCCCUCAUUGGCAUAGUAGAACAAGAGCCUGUUCUGUUCGCCACCACGAUCGCUGAGAACAUCCGAUACGGCCGUCCUGGAGUUACCAUUGAGGAGAUAAUUCAGGCCUCCAAAGAGGCCAAUGCCUAUAACUUCAUCAUGGAUCUGCCUCAGAAAUUUGACACAUUGGUGGGUGAGGGUGGAGGGCAGAUGAGUGGAGGGCAGAAACAGAGGAUCGCCAUAGCUCGCGCGCUCGUCAGAAAUCCCAGAAUCCUCUUGUUAGACAUGGCCACAUCAGCGCUGGAUAAUGAGAGUGAGGCUAUAGUACAGGAGGCGCUGGACAAGGCUCGACUGGGCAGAACAACAAUCAGCAUCGCACACCGUCUCUCCACAAUCUGUAAUGCUGAUGUGAUCGUGGGCUUUGAACAUGGACGUGCUGUAGAGAGAGGCACACAUGGCCAGCUGCUGGACAGGAAGGGAGUGUACUUCACCCUAGUCACACUCCAGAAUCAAGGAAAAGAUCCAGCCGAUGACAAAUCAGUGAAAGCAACUGAUAUGACCAUAACUGAAGAGGAUAGAAUUGAGAAAGUGAGGAGCAUAAGUAGAGGAAGUUAUGAGGGCAGUUUGAGGCGGUCUUUGAGACAGCGAUCUCAGUCUCGGGUGUCAAACAGCAUAAGUGAUGUCAUAUCUGGAAAAUUCAAAUUGCAUUUGGACCAUUUCACAAUGGAGGAUGAAGAACAAAACAAGAAAAACAAACUUGAAGUCAUUGAAAAAGCACCUGUGACACGCAUUCUAAAGUAUAACCGUCCUGAGUGGCCGCAUAUGCUGAUGGGCUCUAUAGGUGCUGCCAUCAAUGGAUCUGUCAACCCGAUGUAUGCUUUAUUAUUCAGCCAAAUACUUGGGACAUUUUCGAUUCAAGACCUGGACGAACAGAGGAGGCAGAUUAAUGGAAUUUGUAUUCUGUUUGUUGUUGUGGGAGUAGUGAGCUUCUUUUCACAGUUCUUGCAGGGCUAUGCAUUUGCUAAAUCGGGAGAGUUGUUGACUCGUAGGUUGAGGAAGGUUGGCUUUCAGUCAAUGCUGAAUCAAGAGAUCAGCUGGUUUGACGACCCCUUAAACAGCCCCGGUGCUCUGACCACCAGACUCGCCACUGAUGCCUCCAUGGUGCAGGGGGCUACAGGUUCACAGAUUGGCAUGAUUGUAAACUCACUGACUAACAUUGGAGCUUCCUUCAUUAUUGCAUAUUACUUCAGCUGGAAACUGAGUCUAGUGGUCAGCUGCUUCCUUCCUCUGAUCGGCCUCUCUGGAGUCUUUCAGGCCAAAAUGUUAACAGGAUUUGCUAAUGAGGACAAGAAAGCAUUGGAGGCUGCUGGACAGGUCUCCAGUGAAGCUCUGACCAACAUCAGGACUAUCGCCGGCUUGGCCAAAGAAAAGCAGUUUGUCUCUCAAUAUGAACAACAACUAGAAGCACCCUACAAAGCAGCCAAGAAAAAAGCUCAUGUUUAUGGGAUCUGUUUUGCUUUUGCGCAGUGUGUUAUUUUCAUGGCCUACGCUGCCUCAUUUAGAUACGGUGGCUAUCUGGUCAGUAAUGAGGGGCUUCAAUACAUGCUUGUAUUCAGAGUAAUAUCAGCUCUUGUGAUCAGUGGCACAGCACUUGGCAGAGCUUCAUCUUUUACGCCAGACUAUGCCAAGGCUAAGAUUGCUGCCGCUCAACUUUUCAAACUGUUGGACAGAGUCCCUAAAAUCAGCAAUGCAGAUGGACAAAGCUGGGAUGAUUUUAAAGGCCGUGUGGAGUUUAAAGGGUGCAGAUUUACAUACCCAAGCAGGCCAGACAUUCAGGUGCUACGGGGACUGGAGGUGUCAGUAAAUCCAGGACAGACUCUUGCCUUCGUGGGCAGCAGUGGCUGUGGAAAGAGCACAAGUGUUCAGAUGCUAGAACGAUUUUAUGACCCAGAUGAAGGCCAAGUGCUGAUUGAUGGACGUCCAUCUGCCAGUAUCAGCGUGUCGUUCCUGAGGUCUCAGAUUGGUAUCGUAUCCCAGGAGCCAGUGCUGUUUGACUGCAGCAUAGCAGAGAACAUCCAGUAUGGCGAAAACUCUCGAACCGUCAACAUGGACGAGAUUAUAGAGGCUGCUAAAAAGGCCUACCUGCAUGAUUUCGUGAUGACACUGCCUGAUAAAUAUGAAACUCAGGUUGGUGCUCAGGGCUCGCAGCUCUCGCGUGGACAGAAACAACGUAUAGCAAUUGCGAGGGCCAUCGUCAGAAACCCUAAAAUUCUGCUUCUGGAUGAGGCCACCUCUGCACUCGACACAGAGAGCGAGAAGACUGUUCAAGCAGCACUGGAUGAAGCUCGGCAGGGGCGCACAUGUAUUGUUAUAGCUCACAGGCUUUCCACCAUUCAAAAUGCUGACAUCAUUGCUGUGAUGUCACGGGGCGUGGUCAUUGAGAAAGGAACCCAUGAGCAACUUAUGGCCAAGAAAGCAGCUUACUACAAACUCGUCACUUCAGGAGCCCCUAUUAGUUAACACGUGUGCUAUAGUGUCACAAAUACAAAAGGUUUGGGAACUUUUCAAGUGAAGUGUGUACAUUUUCUAGCAAAAAUUGUUUUAGUGCCGCUAGCAGCACUAAAUGAAAUUGCAAAAAUAAUGAUUGUUUCAAGACUUGUUUCAAACACUGCCUCAAAGUCUUGCCAUUGGUUGGGCCAAAUAUUGCAAAUUUGUUUUGGUGCCAAUAUUGUCUUGAUCUUAUGGAAGCCCAAAAAAAGUUUGCUUUGGUAAGUCAAAAUUAUGUUCAUUUUGCAAUGUCUUUUAAAGUAAUAAUUUUUACAUACUAAAUCAUAAGUUUGAGAUUACUUUUUAUCUUAAAAUGAUGACUAAGCAUUUUAUAAUUAUGACAUUCUAUCUCAUUGUAUUUUUAUCUAAAAGGUUUGACUUUUUUUCUCAAAAUUAUGAUUUAGCGUCUCAUAAUUAUGACUUUUGAUUUUAUAAUUUUGACUUUUUAAUCUCAUAAUUCUUAGUAUAAUUUUAGAGAAAAAAAAGUCAUGUUUAUGACUUACUAAGUCAAAAUAUGAAAUGCUAAGUCAUAUUUAUGAGAAAUAAAGUCAUGUUUAUGAUACUAAGUAUCUCAUAAAUAUGAUUUGGCAUCUCAUAAUUUGUACUUUUUAUUUCAAUAUGAAUUUUUAUGUCAUAAAUAUGACUUUGUAUUGUAAAAUUGACUUUAUAUCUCCUAAUUUUGAUUUACCAAAGCAAGCUACUUUUUUAAUUAUUUUUUUAUGAUGUGCGAAUAGGGCCUUUCAUAUUGAUAACGGCAAUCACCGGGAUUAUUGCUGUACUAUUGCUUUAGGUGUUUUUAUGAAAGUGAUAAGUGUUUAUUAAAUUGAUUUUUCUAUGUCAUGACCUUGUCCUUGAACUUGACUGUGUUUGAAUUAAAUUAUUUUGUCUACCUGGAUGAACUCUCUAUUGAAUCAUUUUAUUCAAGAAACUGUGUAUAUGUAAAUUACUGUUUGAUAUGUUAGAUCAGAAUUGUCUGCAAUACAAAAUUGUAUGGAUUCUAGCUUUUCUGUGCCAAGAUAUUCUGUCGACUGAACAGAGAAUGUUGCUUUCAUGUACGAUAGGUGAAGAUGCUGUCCUUGAACUAUAGUGACAGACUGAUAGUGUGUUCUUAAUGACUGAUAAAUUCUUGUUCUGUCAGUGUUUCCUGAAUUGUCGUGUCGAGUCAUGUGUUUAAUGCAAGUCAUUCCCACUCUUUUAGUCAGCCGUGGAGCUCGAUGAUUCAAGACACAAACCGUUUUAUGAUGAUGUGUGUGAUGUACUAAUAUGCUCUUAAAUCAUUUAUUCAUAUAAAAGAGACAGACAUCAUAGAUAACAAAGGCGUCCAUUUUAAUGUAUUUUUGAGAUGUUAAGUUAACGAUCAGAAUUUUCAGGCGUCUUAGUGAAAUUCAGCUUUUAUUUCAAAUUAAUGAUGAAAGGUGUGAAACAUUUGCUCUGAAGAUUAUUUUGUACUUAAACAACAACACAGAAUCGGAGUGAUUUAGGCUAAUGUGAAAGACCCAAGGACUGACAGACUUGGGAGGGUUACUUUUGAAAUGUAUUCCAUUAUAGAUUACAGAAUACAUGCUGUAAAAUUUAAUUUGUAAUGUAUUCCGUUAGAUUACUCAAGGUCAGUAAUGUAAUCUAAAUACUUUGGAUUACUUCUUCAGCACUGGUAGAUUUUUUUCACUUAUUUUGACUAUAAACACUCUGCCAGUACAGUGAAACAACAUAAACAUGUUAAAAAUACAUUCUCUGAAAAACCGAAAUAUCUUAUGCAGUGUUGUUUCUAAAACAAGAUCAAUCAAAUUGAUCUUGUUUUAAGGAUUUUUAGAUACUUUUACAGGAAAACAAUACAAAAAUUAUCAUCAAGAAUAAGAUUUUUGCCCUAAUAUCAAAGGUCUUACUAGAAACAAGAAAUGAUGAUCUAAUGUGAAUUUUCUUUAUAAAAAUAUGAUCGUGUCUGGUAACAUGCGCAUGUAAAAUGGCUUGAAAUAGUAUUUUAGCUUAGUGUAAAGCUGACAGUUUACACAAGGUUUAUUUCUAUUUCUUCUGCUCCAAACUUACUUACAGAGAAGUGCUUCAAACGUACUUCUCUGUCUGCUUGUAUGAAUGUAACACAUCAUAAGAAAGUGUUUCACCGCUGUUCAAAUGCACUUUGGAUCGCAUCAUUUAUGUAUAAAUGUUUUCCAUCUGAAAUAACUAAAUAUGAAAUGAAACAAAUGACAAUAAAAUGCAAAGUAAUCUCUUCAGUA